UUUGCACGUUUUAUACACACUAACUUAAGUAAAUGUUCACAGUUAAUUUUUUGGUUUGGCCUCAACAAUGGACAAUUCUCACUGUAAAUCGGAUUCAAAGGCAAGCAAUGAAACAACUGAUACUAAUUGCUUGAUUUCUAAAUUAAGACGACUUAAAUUACAAGAGCAAAUAUUAACAUCUGCAGUCAACCAAAUUUGCAGUAAUACAGAAACAGAAAAUGCAAACUUUACGAACGAUACUGAUUUUAAAAUAUAUCUAUCGAAAUUAAGGAAUGCUCAUAGUGAAAUAAGGAAUUUAUUUGAGGAUAUUCACGUUGCAACACAAAAUCAAGAGAAUUUGAAAAAUAUUGAACUUGAUGACGUGAAAAGAGAUAUUCUAACUUUCGAAGAUAAACUAGGGUUAUUUAAAGAGUUCAUUCGUAGAGAAUUGUCAAUUUUAAAAGUUGCUGCAAAAGAACUAAAUGUUCAGCUUUCCGAAAAUAACGAUGAGAUAAAGUUUAGUAAAAUAACUAAAGUUCAAUCAAAACAAUUUAAUGAGGUUGUACCAAGCCCAGUAAGAGUUCUAAUAAAAUCUCCAUUCAAAUGUCAGGAGGUUCAACGUCUUCAAGACUUCAUGAAAAAUAGUCCCAAUCGAUACGGUGGUUGGAACGAGUACAACCACAAUAUAUUUACCCAAAUUUGGAAGAAACAUUUUGAAUGCAUAGACAUAACUAAUGAAUUGAUUACCUUAGAAAACUUUGAAUUUUCUAACUUCAGAGACGAAAUUAUACACAAGAUAGCAGGGAUAAAAGACGUCGAUAUAAUUUCCCACGCCCGCUGGUAUUUAGAAUAUGUUUUGUUAAAAAGUCAACAGGACGUGGCAUUAAGCAAAUGGCAAGAAAAUAAAAGGAAAAUUAAAAAUCAAAAUACAGAGAGAGCGAGUGACACAUUAAAAAACAAGGGUCAAUUGUUUGAGCUAAACAAGCGAGACAUUCAAACAAAACACGCCAAAUAUCCUACAAAAAAAUUACAUACUCUUGAUAGUCAUGCUUUGUCGGAUGAAGAUUUUAUGUCGGAGAAUAAACAGAGCGAGAAACCUCGAAAUGAGGGCAAGUAUACAAUUGAUGGAACUAUGAAUACUUCAAAAACAAAAGAGUGUCGUCAUGUUAAAAAUAAAGAAUGUGAAAGACACGUCACUUCGUCAACCUUUCUGAAGCCGACAAUUCAGUGGAAGAACAGGACUGAUCUCAUGAAGACUGAGUCGAAACAAAUCAAUUUCGACAUAGAUGAAAUAAAAAAAUUGAAGCCGGCAACAUGGAGAUGUGGCAUACAAAGUGUUUAAUAAAAUUUAAAUGAUG